GAAUAUUGUCUAAGUUGAGCCCAGCUUCAACAGUGUAUGAAAAGUCUAGUGUUGUUAUAUGAGGCCAAUUACAUUAAAAAACAAAUUAUAAACUUUAUAUAAAUAAAAAUGAAGAAAAAACUGAUCAAGCGUGUAGAAGAAUCUGAAUCUGAUUCUCAAUAUAAUUCAGAUGAAGAGCUCCAAGAAGCUUUUGCUACGGGGUUGUUGAAGCCAGGACUCAAUGCUGUCAUUGAGUCAGAAAAAAAUGUGAGAGUAAACAAUGUUGCUCUUCUUAAACAAAAAACAGAUGAAAUGAAACUUCGAUUAGCAUGGAUAGAAAUGCUAGAUAUAGUUAAUGGACCUGCUCCGCUGGCUCCAGAACUAGCACUGCAAAUGCAGGAACAAGAAGAACGAAGAGCUAAGCAAGCAAAAGGAAAUCAAAAAUUACCGCAGUACAAACUUGGAGAAGAUCCUGUUCUGAAUGAUUUUAAAAGGGAAACAAUGUUUCACAGACAAGCACAAGCAGCUGCCAUUGAAGGUUUAUCUAGGAUAAAAAAACUCGGUCUUCCAACAAUUAGACCUGAUGACUACUUCGCUGAAAUGGCUAAGAGUGAUGAACAUAUGCAUAAAGUCCGAGAAAAUUUAGCAAAGAAACAAUUGAUUGCACAACGAUCUGAAAAAGUUAGGCAAUUAAGACAACAACGUAAAGUCGGUAAACAAAUGCAAAUUGAAGCCACAUUAAAGAAACACGCAGAAAAACGAAAAAUGUUAGAAGAAGUAAAGAAAUACCGUAAAGGAAUACGCAAAGAUUUAGAUUUCUUAGAUGAUAAGAAAUUAAUACCAAAACGAAAUAAAGGAGAUAAAAGAACUAAUUACAAACAGAAAAUGAAAAAUGCUAAAUUCGGUUUUGGAGGUAAAAAAAAAGGAAGUAAAAAAAAUACUAGAGAGAGUGCAGCUGAUAUUUCAGAGUAUAAAAGACCAAGAAAAGAAGGAGUUAAAAAUGGAAAGGUUGGCAAAAAGAAGAGAUUGGGAAAGAGUAGACGUGUACAAAUUAAAUCUAAACAAAAGUAAUUAAUUUACUUUUAAUUAAAAAAUAUUCCAUGUAAUUAUUUUUAAAUAAAAUUUUUGUUUAAAUUAUCAAAGAAAAAAA